GGGCUCACACCUCUGAAUCACAAGUCAAAGCUUCCUCCAGUCGCUCACACCUCUGAAUUACAUCUCAGCCUCCAGUCAGGCAUCUCGGAGACCCGGGACGAUUUAUUUUUGGAGGGUUUUGUUUUUUCUUGUGGCGCUCUUUAGACUGGUAGAUUGAAGCUACUGAAAAGCCGGAGCGGGAAGGUUUACAGUUGCAUUCCGACACUCAGCCCUCUGUCGCUUCACCUCCAUGACCGGGGAAGAGGUCUGCUCAAAUAAAACAAUGCAUCCGGAGAAGUGCUUACCUGAACUGGUAGCCGAGAAGAAGGGCUUGGACCCCACCUAUGUUCAUGCCGUGCGUCUGCUUGCAGAAGAGAUUGAAAAGUAUGAAGGGGAUGAAUCGAGAAAAGAUGGCAGCACUAACAAAUACCUAGAUAUCAUCAGCAAUAAAAAUAUCAAGCUCUCUGAAAGAGUUCUCAUUCCAAUCCAACAGUAUCCAAAGUUUAAUUUUGUCGGAAAGUUGCUGGGACCACGGGGAAAUUCCAUGAAACGACUACAGGAGGAGACGGGAGUCAAGAUGUCAAUCCUCGGCAAAGGGUCCAUGAGGGAUAAAGGCAAGGAAGAAGAAUUAAGGAAAAGCGAGGAGGCCAAGUACGCCCAUCUGAGUAAUGAUCUACACGUUUUAAUUGAAGUCUUUGCUCCACCUGGAGAGGCCUAUUCGCGCAUGAGUCACGCCUUGGAAGAGAUAAAGAAAUUCCUAGUUCCAGACUACAAUGACGAGAUCAGACAGGAGCAGCUGAGAGAGCUCUCGCUGCUGAACGGCUCCGAAGAGUCGAGCCGAGGCAGGAGCGCGCCGGUGAGGAGUGCACGACCGUCAGCCACCAUAUCCACAGGGGGCCACAGAGGCACAGGGAGGAGUGCAGCAGCACCUCGGGGGACAGCAGCAGCGACGCACGGCAAACUACCCACGACUGUUCUCACGAGGGAGGUACAAGCCCCGAGAGCCAGGGGGGCAGCAGGGAGCGCAGGAUACAGACCCUUGCUGUUAGCAGUCACACAUGAGUCAUACGACGACUAUGGCUACGACGAUGGGUACGGUGGAGAAUACGACGACGACAGUUACGAAGCCUACGAGGAAAACUACAGCAAUCAGACAAAGAGUAUUUCAGAUUAUUAUGAAUAUGGACAUGGCCACAGUGAUGAAUCCUAUAACAACUAUGAGGAGGAAUGGGGGACUUCCCGUCCAAGUCACAAAGCCCCUGUUUUACGGCUGACAAGAGGGGGCUACAGAAAACAUCCCUAUGGUAGAUACUGAAGGUGCUCCAGAUAUGUGACCUCCUAUUUCAAACCUUUUAUAUAUUUUUUAAAUUCCUUCUAAAAUG